GUUGGCUAAAAGUGAUGUUGUGAUCUAACCUAAGUUUUUUAUAUAUAUUGUUUAUUUUUUAUUCAUAACACUCAAAAAUUAAACUCUUGGAUUAAUACCUUUAAUUUUAAAAGAACUGGGGUCGUAAUCAUGAGCAAAACAGUCGUCUCCAAACAAAAGGCCAAAAAAUAUUUCAUUAAAAAGAGUUUCAACAAACGAUUGAGUUUGGAAGUUAAUUUGAAAGGAUUUCUUUGCAGUUGCAACAAUAGGGAAAAAGACUGCAUUAAGGAAUCUUACAACUUACUAAAUGAAUAUGCAGACAAAUUGUAUAAAGACAGUAAAGAACCUGAAGAUGAUCAAGAAAUUGACGACUCAUUGGCUAAAGAAAUCUCCGAAUUGAAACGAGACAACAAGAGUCUUGAGAAAAGAUUCCAGGUUAUAGAAUCUGGUGCCAAAAAUUUCUUAUUUAUUAGGACAAGUUUGGAGGAUCCUGUUGAGUUAGCAGAGACUAUUAUAAAAGAUAUUGAUGCAAGUAAGACUCAAAAAACUAAAUUUUUGCUAAGAUUAAUACCAAUUGAAGUUACUUGUAAGGCAAAUGUUAAUGACAUUGUUAACGCAUUUGUGCCUCUUGCCCAGAGACACUUCGUGGAGUCUCCACAAACGUUUUGUGUGGUUUUUAACCACAGAAAUAACAAUGUUGUUUCAAGAGAUGAAGUCAUAAAAAUAAUUGCGGGUAAAGUGUCAGAGCUGAGAUCUGACCACAAAGUUGAUCUUAAAGGGGCAAAAGUAGCUAUUAUUGUUGAAGUAAUAAAGGGGUUUGCUUUUUUAAGUAUUAUACCUGACUAUUUGAAAUAUAAAAAGUAUAAUUUAUUGUCACUUUGUAAUCAAGAACAAGUAGUUAAUUAAUAAAUUUUGUAUACUUACAGUAGUUCAUAAUAAAAUUUUCUAAUAAUAUAAAAAAUUUAUUUUCAAGGUUUUGUUCUAGAACAGAUACAUGGUUGCAUUUACUACAACAUGAGUACACAUAGUGUAGGUUUGAC